AUGACCGGCGGCCCGGCGGCACUCGCGGCCAUGGCUCUGACGAGCGCGGUCGCGAACGCCGCCGCCGCCGUCGCCGCCGCCGGCGCAGGCAAAAAGGCCGCGCAGGUCCAGUUGCAGGCCGAGCUGAACACGGACGAGGAGUGGAACAAGUUCAUGCAAAGAGAUGGACUCCUCGUGGUGGACGUGUAUACGGAGUGGUGCGGGCCAUGCAUCGGCAUGGUGGGCAACCUCAAGAAGAUCAAGGUGGAGCUGGGCGGCGACAACCUGCACCUUGCCGUGGCAAAGUCGGAUACCAUUGAAUGUUUGAAGAGAUUUCGGAAACGCAGCGAGCCAACCUGGAUGUUCAUAGCGGCCGGUCAGCUGCUGAACGUGGUGUUCGGAGCAGACGCCCCUCGCCUCACGCGGACCAUAGAGCAGGAGCUCCAGAAUGAGGAGAAGGCCAAGAAGGGAGAGAUACAGAGACCGCAGAGAGCUCCCCAUGAGCUCACACCACCAGAACAAGAAGUAGCAACAGCUCAAGCGAAACUGCAAGAAGAGAGGAAGAAGCGUGAAGAAGCAGCCAUAGAGGAAGCGAGACUCGCGCGGAGGGAAGCGCGCGCUAAACGCUUGGAGAAGCAUUUUGAUGAUAUCUGCCCGGCGCUCAUCAUGCCGCACGCGCAGAAGAGCUUGCGGAAGGUCGGCGACAUACUUGAGCAAAACGGUGAGUCUAAUAUGCUUCGAUGUACGGACAAGGGACGGUAUACCAAGAGGCAGCCAUAG